AUGCCAGAAUUUAAGUUUCAACUUUCAGAAGUUUCAACACAACAACAGAAAAGCUUCAACAGUGUAACAGACAUCAAAAAGUUCAGGAAGAAACCAGAUGAGAUUCUGAUUAAACAUCUCUGUCAGUGCUGCUGGGCUCAGUGUCCAUUCUGUAAAGCCAUCUGCACCAACACAAUGGAGAAUCAUGAUGGAGAUCACAGUGUCCCCUUCCACAGAGUAAAUGGAAUCACAGGAUGUUCCUACAAAAUGACAACAAUUCUAAAUCCUGAUAUUUGUACAACUUUAGUACCAAGUGAUAAACAGUUCCAUCCCCAUUACGGUACAGAUGAUUUGGUACAUUACAAAAUCUACAAAAGAGCAGGAGGAAAAUUCGCUAAGUGGAGCAUCACUCCUGAUAAUUCAGAGCUCAGAUUCCAAACAGACCUGGAAAAGUACUAUGGAAAACUCAGAAGUGAUGCUAUAGAGGCUGAAGUCAUGACGGAUCAAGAUCCGGUCUAUACAACUCAGCCAGCCACAGAUAACUGUGAUGCUACAGACCAACUCAGCAGUAAAGAGGAACAAGAUCAUGAAACCCUCUGCAGCAACGUCCAUGUGGACAGUGAAGGAGAUUCUAACCAGGACAUGACUGCAGGAAGCACUGAAUGUAAGAACAAAGCUGAAAGUACCACAGCCCAAGUUAAAAGUAAUGUUAAAUUCUCCAGUGAAUCCCCUGGUCUCACUAUUGUACUGUUUGGAAACACCUCUGCUGUUCACUUUGGAGACACAAAUAUACUUCUAGGAUCAAAGCAUGUUCUACCACUACAGGCCUGCUUCCCUAGAGAAACUAAAAUAUCUGGACAUGUUGUGUCAGUGUUCAAUAUGCUUAACUUACAUGAAGAUGAUGAUGAUUCCCGAGUUCCUGUGGAGAACAUCACUGAUUGUUUAGUUAAUGAAAACAGCAUCAAUUCAUUUAUCUUCGUGCUGCAACUGGGGCUUUUUACAGAUGAUGAUAAACUGGGACUCGAGUGGCUGCAAAAGAUGUUUGGAGAAAAUGUUCUUCCCUUUGUGAUGAUUCUCUUUACGUAUGACAGUGAGGAGGAUUGUGACUGCAUCAUAGAUGAUCUAAAGAGAAGCAGUGUACUAGAGCAACUGAUAAAUAAAUGUGGAGGCAGGUACCACACAUGCAGCAGGGGUAUGAAUAACCAAUCAGAGAUGAGAACACUGGUGGAGAAGAUUAACUGCCUGGUCUCAGAGAGAAACCAACACUGCUACACCGCUGAGAUGUUCAACACAGCACUGAAGCUCAGAGAAGAUAAAGAGGAAGACAAGAAGAACCAAGACUGUAGCUCUGACCUUUAUCAAGAAGCAGCAGAAACAGAAUUGGAAGAAAAGACAGAACUUGGGGUAGAAGAACCUGGAUCAAAAUGUGAAGAAAAGAACAAAACAGAGCAACUUCUAACUACACUUAAUCUUCUGGACAAACAGGAAGUAAAAAUGAAAACUUCAGAUGUUCUUCAACUAACAGCUCAUUCAUUUCAUUGCCAAGAACCUUGUGAAGAAAAAGAUCUGGUUCAAACUUUCCUACAAAAAUUGUUAAUGAUGGAUUACAGAGCAAGAUACAUCACCACCAAAGAAGAAGCCACUGCCUUAGACCCUCCUUCCUCGGAUACAGAUGAAGAAGAACUUGAUGAAUUUGAUGAGCUUAUUUGGCAAAAAGCUAAAUCUUUUGAUAGUGAGACAAAUCCUAUUCAUCCCAUGGAUCUUCAGAUGGCGGUGUUCCACUGCUCAGACAGAUUCCUGAAGCAACUAAUAGUGACUAAACUCUCUCAGUGUCGGUACGCUCUGCCUCUACUGGUGCCAAAUCCAUUUACUGGAAAGAUCGAGUUUCCUCUGUGGACAUUUCGCCAAAUUAUUAAAAGUUGGAAAACCACUGACGCUUCAGGUACCAAGAUCAGUAAAACCCAGCAUGUUUAUGAAGCAGAAACUCCAAUGGUGGUGUUCUUCAGGUUAGGAGACGUGUCCUUUUCCAAGUCUCAGCUGAUGAACAGCUUGAUCAGUAAGAAGCAUGAUACAUUCUUCCACAGACACUGUCCAGGCAGCAUUAAAAACCGUCUACUGAUGGAUGGAGUUGUGGAGAUUGCUUGGUACUGUCCAUCUGGAAAGGAAACUGAUCAUUUUACUGACUGUGUUGCUUUCUGUAAUCUACACGGUGAUACAGAAACCAGUAAAGAACAACUGGAUAUUCUGACUGAAAUGUCGUCUGUUAAUGUUGUUCUUUUAUCUGAUCCUAAAAAUGAAAGAAAUAAGGAUAUGAUACAAAAGUUUCUAAAAGGCCCCAAACCACUCAUCUGUCUCCUUUCUGAGGAUCAAUCAGGUGUCAGUAAGAUUAAGAAUAGAAAAUACAGAAUUGGUCUAAAAGACAGAAAUCAGUCAGACAUAUCUGAAAACCUCAGAACAACCAUCACAGAGUGUCUGUCCAAGUCAUCUUCAGUUUUUAUACUUGAUAAUUUACACAAAAACAAUGAGAUCACCGCAGAUGAAGAUGAUCCUGAAUGCAGGAAAGGAAAAGAAGCAGCACUAGAGAUAAUAAAACUACUGGAGGGGAAGGAAAUAUCCACAUUAAAGGAAACACACCUGCCCUGUCAAGGGAAGCUCUGGUAUGAGUGGUGUCAGAUAAACAAAGACUCACAUCGACUUCAAGGAAACAAUUUAGAAAUGCAAAAGAGUGAAAAACAAACACAAAUGAAACAAAUCCGUGAACAGCAACAAGAAAUUGGACAAUCAGCCUUUAUGAAAAAAAUUGUUUCCUCACUGAAUUCUCUAUCAAAAAAAGAAAAAUCGUUUUUUAUUAAAUGGCUCGAGAUUCUACUGGACAAACAAACCUCAGAUGAUCUUUCAGAUCUUCAUCAAAAGUACAAUAAAACUCAGCAAACAGAACUUGAAGAAAUAUCUGUAAGACUGAAUGCAGCAACAUUUGGUCUGGAACACAUCUUCAGAGAGAUGGGUCAAAUAUAUGAGUCAAGUCAAAAAACAUCUGGAGAACGAAUCAUCUCCAAUCUUCCCAAAAUUGCUGCAGAACUCAUAAAAUCUGGUCUUCCAUUGGAGUUGAUGGAUGGUGAUGCUGCUCAUGUUCCUCUGAUUUGGGUUUCAGCAGUUCUAGAUGAACUCAUAAAGAAACUGGGAGACCAGAGAGUCUUUGUGCUGUCAGUUCUAGGGAUUCAGAGCACAGGAAAAUCCACCAUGCUGAACGCCAUGUUUGGACUCCAGUUUGCUGUCAGUGCUGGAAGGUGCACCCGAGGAGCCUUCAUGCAGCUGGUCAGAGUAUCAGAGGAGAUGAAGGAGAAGCUGAAGUGUGACUACGUUCUUAUUGUAGAUACUGAAGGUCUUCGAGCACUUGAGCUUGCAGGAAAAUCCACUCACCAUCAUGAUAAUGAACUUGCAACAUUUGUUGUAGGUCUUGGAAAUCUGACUCUGAUCAACAUAUUUGGUGAGAACCCUGCUGAGAUGCAGGAGAUUCUUCAGAUUGUUGUUCAGGCCUUCCUGAGAAUGAAGAAGGUCAAACUAAAUCCAAGCUGUAUGUUUGUCCAUCAGAAUGUUGGUGACAUCACAGCUGGAGAGAAGAACAUGGAGGGCAGGAGACGUCUACAGGAGAAACUGGAUGAAAUGACAAAAUUAGCUGCUAAAGAGGAAGACAGUGAAGCCGAGUGCUUCAGUGAUGUUAUUGCUUUCAAUGUACAAGAUGAUGUUCAGUAUUUUGCACAGCUCUGGGAGGGCAGCCCACCAAUGGCUCCACCAAACCCCUCAUACAGUGAAAAUGUUCAGAAGCUAAAGAGUGCUAUUUUCACAAAUGCUACCAAGUCUAAAAGUAUGAAACUCUCAGAGUUUAAAUCACGCAUCAGUGAUCUGUGGAAGGCUCUACUGAACGAGAACUUUGUUUUUAGCUUCAAAAACACACUGGAGAUUGCAGCCUACAGGAAACUAGAAACUGAGUUUGGAAAAUGGACCUGGUCCCUCAGAAGUGCCAUGUUAGAACAUGAAGAAAAACUGCACAACACAAUUAAAAACAGAAAACUGCAAAAGAUUGAGGACAAAGACCUUUAUGCUCCCAUGAAGAAGACCAGAGAAGAAGUGGAGAAAUCAAUGAAACAUUACUUUGAAGAGGACAGAGACAAAGAAAUCUUAAUUCAAUGGCAAGUAAAAUUUGAACACAAAAUUACACAACUUUUUGAAGAUCUUGUUAAAAAUGCAAAAACAAACCUGAAUGAUUUUCUUCAACAGCAAAAAGCUCGAGAAGCUUUUAAUCACAAAAAGAAAGCAUAUGAUGAAAAGCUCUUCAAUAUGAGUAAAGCACUUGCUCUACAACUAAAAAGCACAGAAACUGAUAACCGAGUACUGAGACAGGAAUUCAAUAAAGUGUGGAACAAAUGGGUCUCUGAUCUAACACAGGACACACCUUUAGGAAAACCUUUUGAUUUUUGGGAGGAUGUCAUACAGAUUCUGUCUGAAGGUAAUGAACAAGCUGCUGUGUAUGAGCGAAGAUCUCAGGAAAUUUACACAAAGAUAGAUGGACUAGGAGAUUAUUCACACUGCAUUCUUUUAUCCAAGCACGAAGAAGAGAAAAGGCAUUUGGAGGAAGUACAAGUCACUAAAAAAACUAAGGUCAAAAAUGAAAACAAUUCACUUCUUGAAAAAUUUAAAUUCUGGAAAAAUGGUUUUUCUUUAUUUCAAUCCAACAGUCAGUUAGAGAUAAAUUCUUUGUAUUUUGAAGAACAUGAGUCAGUGAGAAGUCUGACCAGAAAUGUCAUCCAAGAAUCUGAGGACUUAAUCAAGAAGAUCUGCAGCAAAAUUACAGGACUGGGGUACAAGAACAGCUACAUUCAGGAAAUAACUGACCAGGUCAAAAACAGAGUUGAGCAAUAUCACAGCGAGAACAAGAAUAUAAAGCUGAAGAAGGAAUUCACUCUGGAUCUCUGUCUUCAUGUGUGUCACCUUGCAAAUCCCAAAUUCACCAAAAUCCACCAACAGUUCAGAGAUGAAAGUGAUGUAAAAUUUUACCUUGAAAAACAGAAACCACAAUAUUACAGCGUCUUCCAAAACUACUGCAGAGGAGCAACAACCACAACAGUACUUGGUGAACUUGUCUGCAACAAUCUUGUACCAGCCAUCCUGCAAGCAGCCUACAAUAAAACUGCUAUUGAUCUGUCAACACAGAUGAGAUCAGACAUGCCAGAAUUUAAUGGUAACAGGUCACAGCUUGAGAAACACAUCCUGAAAUCUCUGGCAGAGCAGGAGAACUUUGAGAAGUACAUGGAGUACAUCAACCAUCCCAAGAAACACUUUAAACGGUUUAUUAGAAAAAAGGUUGGCAAAUACAUCACUGAUAAUAAAAGCAAGGUUCUGAAUCUUCUCAAAGGAAAUCUGAAAGACAAAGAGCAGAAAGUGAUGAACGCUGUGAACAUCACAACUGAAGAAGUGAAGAAGAGCAGUGGUGAUGCAAACAUGUGGCUGAGAAGUUUGAAGAAUUCACUAACAUAUGAGCUGAGCUUAAAAGAAAUAACCUGCACUGGUCUGGAGGAAAUUACAGAUUUAGAUUUUCUUCGGCAGGUUGUGUGUGAAGGUCUCACAAAGAUGAUGUCAGAACAACAUAAAAGCAUCAACAGUGUGACAGACAUCAACAUGGAGAAGUUCAGAAAGAAACCAGAUGAGAUUCUGAUUGAACAUCUCUGUCAGUGCUGCUGGGUUCAGUGUCCAUUCUGUAAAGCCAUCUGCACCAACACAAUGGAAAAUCAUGAUGGAGAUCACAGUGUCCCCUUCCACAGAGUAGAUGGAAUUAUAGGAUGGUACUACAGAAAUACAACAAAUCUCUGUGCUGAUAUUUGUACAACUUUAGUACAAAGUGAUAGACGCUUCUACCCCCAUCAUGAUACAGAUGAUUUGGUAUAUUACAAAAUAUACAAAACAGCAGGAGGAAAAUUUGCUGAGUGGAGCAUCACCCCUGAUAAUUCAGAGCUCCCAUACUGGAAGUGGUUUGUGUGCAGAUUCCAAACAGACCUGGAAAAGCACUAUGGUAAAACAUUCCAGGGACACGGAGAGAUUCCCAUUGGAUGGAGACAAUACACACACAAGAAAACAGAAGCUAUUAAGAGUUUGGAUGAACACAUCAUCUGUGAAACUGAACAGCUUGGUUUUACACCAAAAUAAAAAAUAU